CGGUUCAAAGAGUCAAAACAAACCCUUGUGACUAUUUGCAACAGUAUUUUUAUUUUACAUAGCAGUUUUAUUAUCCAUUCGAGAUGAGUCGAAGGAAAAGAGCUAAGAUGCUGUUGAAAUAUUUGUGGCAUCUUAUUUUAUAUAAUUACAUCCUUUUUUCUCGAUGAAUUAUCAUUAUUUCUAUAUACUUGAGCUGAUUAAAGUCAAUUAACAAUGUUAUCAUUCAUAGUAUUCUUCUGUUAUUUGACUUAUAGUGUAGAGUAUAGAGAGAUGGAAGAAAAAUAUAAUCAAUUAGAAGAUGAAAAUGCUUCGGAUACUUCAGAAAAAUCCAAAACUGGCCUUGUUACGCCAGAGAAGAAGAUCAUUAGUGAUAUAAAAAAAGAAUCUGAUCCAGUGUUAUCCGUACCAGCAUCCUCUGCACCAAAGGUCGAAGUAAAGGAGGAAGAGGAUCAGGAUAGUGAUCAUGAAGAUCCGCAUGUAAAAGAAUUAUUAAAUGGCUUGGAAGGUGCAGCUUUUCAAAGCCGUCUUCCAUUUGAUAAAUUAACGUCUACCGAAGCAGCAUGUUUUCCUGAUGUAUCCGGGGGACCACCUCAAACACAAAAAGUAUUUCUACAUAUUAGAAACAGGCUUUUGCAAUUAUGGCUCGAAAAUCCAAAGCAACAAUUAAUAGUUGAAAAUGCCUUGCCAGCCAUAGAACCACCUUACAACAGUGAUACUUUACUCGCCCGUCGAAUUCAUUCCUUUUUAGAACGUUAUGGUUUUAUUAAUUUUGGUGUUUUUAAACGUUUAAAGCCAUUACCUACUAAGAAAUUAGGUAAAGUUAUAGUGAUAGGUGCAGGAAUAGCAGGUCUAGCUGCAGCUCAACAAAUGCAACAGUUUGGAUUAGAAGUAAUCGUAUUAGAAGCAAGAGAUCGUGUAGGUGGAAGGAUCGCAACGUUUCGUAAAUCAUCUUACAUUGCUGAUUUGGGAGCUAUGGUAGUUACUGGUUUAGGCGGUAAUCCAGUAACAACUCUUAGCAAACAAAUCAAUAUGGAGCUGCAUAAAAUAAGACAGAAGUGUCCUUUAUACGAAAGUGACGGUCAAACGGUUCCAAAAGACAAAGAUGAAAUGGUCGAACGAGAAUUCAAUAGAUUAUUAGAAGCGACAUCUUAUUUGUCUCAUCAGUUAGAUUUUAAUUAUGUAGGCAACGCUGGAUCAGGAGGGCAAGGUGCCAAUACACGACCAGUGUCAUUAGGUCAAGCGUUAGAAUGGGUGAUACGUUUGCAGGAACAGGGAGUUAAACAAAGACAAGUUGCGCAUUUACGUUCAGUUCUUUCUUUGCAAGGGAGAUUAAUUACUAAUCAGCAUAGGAUGAUACAGAUCAUGGGUCGUUUAACGGAAUUAAAUAAACAAUAUAAAGAAAUGUCCGAAAGUAAAUUACCAACGAGAGACAUCACACAAGAAUUCGUUUUGCGUUCGAAAUUACGCGAUCUUCAUAAUGCAUGCAAGGAAUGGGAUCAAUUGGCGGAACAACAAAAGGAGAUCGAAGCUAAAUUGCAGGAGUUAGAAGCAUCCCCGCCAAGCGACGUGUAUUUAUCGUCGAAAGAUCGUCAAAUAUUAGACUGGCACUUUGCAAACUUGGAAUUCGCCAAUGCAACGUCCCUGUCGAAUUUGAGCUUGAAACAUUGGGACCAGGACGACGAUUUCGAGUUCACUGGAAGUCAUCUGACCGUUCGCAACGGAUAUUCCUGCGUACCUGUUGCUCUCUCAGAAGGACUCGAUAUUCGAUUGAACACAGCUGCAAGGGCCGUUCGGUACGGAGUAAAUGGCGUAGAAGUAUGGGCCGCACCCUCUCGCAGCCUCCACACAAAUCAUACCGUCUAUAAAGCCGACGCUGUUUUGGUUACGCUGCCACUCGGCGUUCUUAAGGCUUCCGCUCCACCCUCCGCGGUUGCUUUCAACCCUCCGCUUCCGGAUUGGAAGUCUCAAGCCAUCCAGAGGCUUGGCUUUGGCAAUUUAAAUAAGGUAGUAUUAUGCUUUGAACGAAUCUUUUGGGAUCCAACGGCGAACUUGUUCGGGCACGUGGGUAGUACGACCGCCUCGAGAGGAGAACUCUUCCUGUUCUGGAACCUGUACAAAGCGCCGGUCCUGUUGGCCCUCGUCGCUGGAGAGGCAGCCUGCGUAAUGGAGAAUGUCAGCGACGACGUUAUCAUUGGUCGCUGUAUCUCGGUCCUCAAGACGAUCUUUGGCAAUCAAGUAGUCCCACAGCCCCGAGAGAGUGUCGUUACAAGAUGGCGUGCAGAUCCUUGGGCCCGUGGCUCCUACAGUUUCGUUGCAGUCGGCAGCUCCGGAAGUGAUUACGAUCUCCUUGCGGCACCGGUAGCACCACCAGCGCCUCCCAAUUAUCCUCCGGGCACACCGUCGCCUCAACCAAGAGUUUUUUUCGCAGGGGAACAUACGAUCCGUAAUUAUCCGGCGACUGUGCACGGUGCAUUCUUGAGUGGACUCCGUGAAGGUGGCCGAAUUGCCGAUCAACUAUGUGGAAGUCCUUACGCGCCACCAACGAUGCCAACAACUGUACCUAGUACAACGGGGGUCUCAUCAUCCAACAAUAUCACAACUACGAACAACAAUAACAACAAUAACAACAAUAGCAAUACGACUGGCACGAGUUCGGCGCCUUAGUAUAUCAAAAACAAAUUUCCAUCGAUCCUUCCACGAUCUCAAUUCGAUCGAUUAAAAAUCGCGUCGUUAAUCGCGCUCGCGUAUCGUCUCUUUAGCAAAAGAUAUUGAUGAGUGAACAAGAUAGAGAGCGAGAGAGAGAGAGAGAGAGAGAGAGAGAGAGAAUGAAUGAAUGACAAAGUGAGAUAACGAGAGAAUCGAGAGCGGCCCUUUUACAGUACGCGAGCAUCCCUUCGAGAAUCUGCCCUGUUCAUUUUUAUUUCUUUUUUUUUUUCUUUUUCUUCUUUUUCUUCUUCUUUCUCUGGUUUUUUUUUUCUUUUUUCCUUAUUUCUUUCGAAUAAAAAGGAACACGACCAAGAAGAUCAGCAUUCUUCGAAAUCACUUCGAAAGCACUUGACUUGUUUUUAUAAGAAACCCAUUAAAGGAUAUGCACAUACACGUAUAGAUGAUAACGUGUAGGUAAUAAUUGUAAGAAAAUCUUCUUCAUUCUCGGAACCUUUUUCGCCCUCUCGAUCCUCUCGAUCCCCUUUUCAUCUCGUCGCGUUUAUACAUAUUUUAUACGUACGAAUCCGUGCCUUUAAUGUCCUACAUAAUUAUUAUUAUUAUUAUU